CUCUCUCUCUCUCUCUCUCUCUCUCUCUAAGCUAACCGUUUCUCCAGAUUCUCACAAAACAGAUCCGAAAUGAAAAUGAAGAUUAACAAAGCUGCCGAUCUAUCUUCAAUCUCCGUCUUCCCUCCUCCUCACAUUUAUUCAAGGAAGACGAACAAUGUAUCGAAUGGAUUGCAAGUGUCGCAGCAACAUCGAUCACAACCAUCUCAACAGUCGUUUUCUCAGGGACUUUCGUCUCAGCAAGGAAUUUUGUCUCAUUUCUCUCAAAGUUCUCUCGAUGAAGCUGUCACAGCUAAUGAUCAGAGAUUUGGUUCUCAAGAACAUGAGAACUCUUCAAGGAGGUUUUCUAGUUUGCCCCGAAUUACUUACUCAAAGGAUGAGAGUCAACCACACAACUCAAGAUCUUCAUCCAAUAUGUUGGUCAAAUGGAACUCUGCAGACAACAAAAAUCAGUUAACUGAAGGACUCGAAAACCGAAUUGGCAUAAUGGAAACCACAUUGAGCAGAUUUGCAAUGAUCAUGGAUUCUGUUCAAAGUGACGUAAUGCAAGUAAACAAAGGAACAAAGGAACUUAAUUUGGAGAUGGAGUACAUAAGACAGAAGUUGAUUGCUCAGGAUAACUCACUUCAGUUAAUGAUGAAAGGACAAGAAGAAAUUAAAGCAAGCAUUAAUGAGAGCUUGAAAUCUUUAUCUGAACAAAUGAGCCACAUUACAAACAUAGAGAAGUUACAGGAAGUAUAUAUGUUGGUUUCAGCCAUGCCUCAGCAAAUUGAAGGCUCUCUGCGAAAUUACCAAAAUGAACUCCAGAACACCACCAAGGAAAUGCAGGAAAUCUCUCACAGUUUAAAACAUACUAACCACAAGGAUCUGGCAAAGCCUAUAGUUCUAUCUCCAAAGGUGCUUUAUCUCUAA